UUGUAGUUGACGACCGCGAUCAAGUAUCGAAUUGUCGCUGUGCGAUUAAGGAAACCUUAACAUUCUUGUCCACAUGCUCUACCUUUCCUGUGACUACAGUCGACAGAAUGGGUAUAUCCCGGGAUCAUUGGCAUAAGAGGAGGAAGACCGGAGGAAAGAGGAAGCCUAUUCGUAAGAAGAGGAAAUACGAAUUAGGGCGACCCGCUGCCAACACUAAGAUUGGAGUAAAAAGAGUGCAUGCUGUGAGAACAAGAGGUGGAAACACUAAAUACCGUGCGCUUCGCCUUGACCAUGGAAACUUCUCCUGGGGUUCUGAAGGCUGUACUAGGAAAACUCGUGUCAUGGAUGUCGUCUACAACGCCUCCAACAACGAGUUGGUCCGUACCAAGACAUUGGUGAAAAAUGCCAUUGUCGUGAUUGACGCAACACCUUUCAGACAGUGGUAUGAAGCCCAUUAUGCUUUGCCCCUUGGCCGAAAGAAGAAUGCAAAGCUUACUGAAGCGGAAGAGGCAGUUUUGUACAAAAAGAGAUCUAAGAAGGUCGCACUUAAAUACAAAACUAGGCAGAAACUGGCCAAGGUUGAGCCUGCCUUAGAGGAACAGUUUCAAACCGCAAGAGUACUAGCCUGCAUUUCAAGUCGACCUGGACAAUGUGGCAGGGCUGAUGGUUACAUCCUCGAGGGGAAAGAGCUAGAAUUUUAUUUAAGGAAAAUAAAAGCUAAAAAGGGCAAGUGAGCCUAAUGUUAUUGUCGUAAUAAAAUCUACGGCCUUUUUA